UCUACUUCCCAAUGAAAUGCUGCUUCUGCCACUUCUAUUGCUAGCAGUUGUCGUCCCAGGUGGUGACAAUGAAGACGCCUUUCAGGGGCCAACCUCUUACCAUGUUAUCCAGAUUUCGACCUUUGCCAACAGCACCUGGGCACAAACUCAAGGCUCAGGCUGGUUGGAUGAUUUUCAGAUUCACGGCUGGGAUAGUGACUCGGGCACUGCCAUUUUCCUGAAGCCCUGGUCCAAGGGCAACUUCAGUGAUGCGGAGUUGAUUGAGCUGGAGGACCUAUUCCGAGCCUACUUCAUUGGAUUCACUCAGGAAGUGCAGGACUAUGCCAGUAAAUUCCAGAUUGAAUACCCCUUUGUGAUCCAGGGUAUAGCAGGUUGUGAGCUGCAUUCUGGGAAGUCCAUAAGAAGCUUUUUGAGGGGAGCUUUAGGAGGACUGGAUUUCGUGAGCAUUAAGAAUCAUUCAUGUGCACCUGCCCCAGAGGGCAGCAGCAGGGCACAGCAGUUCUGUGCACUCAUCACUCAGUACCAAGACAUCAUGGGUAUCAUAGAGACGCUCCUCUCAGAAACCUGCCCUCGGUAUCUCCUUGGUGUCCUUGAUGCAGGGAAGACUGAACUACAGAGGCAAGUGAAGCCCGAGGCCUGGCUGUCCAGUGGCCCCAGUCCUGGGCCUGGCCGUCUGCUGCUGGUGUGCCGUGUCUCAGGAUUCUACCCGAAACCCGUGUGGGUGACGUGGAUGAGGGGCGAGCGGGAGCAGUCUGGCACUCAGCAAGGAGAUGUCUUGCCCAAUGUUGACUGGACUUGGUAUCUCCAAGUAACCCUGAAUGUGACGGCUGGGGAGGAGACUGGCCUGAGUUGCCGAGUGAAGCACAGCAGUCUAGGAGACCAGGACAUCAUCCUCUACUGGGGUCACCGCACCUCUGUCAGCUUGAUAUUUUUGGCAAUAUUAGUGCCCUCCUUCGUCCUUUUGAUAUGUCUUGCAUUAUGGUUUUUGAGGCGCUGGUCCUAUCAGAAUAUCUCAUGAGCCCUCAUCAUGUCUCCAUUUCCAUUUGGGAUCAGUAACCAGGAGUCCAGAAACUCAAUUUGUCAGCCCAGGAGUCAAUCUCAUCUUAUUUCAUCAAAUAAUCAUCAGAUUUGGACAAAUCAGAGUGCCCAUAGUUUGUAAGAUAAAUCAUAAUUUAUACACUAGCAGAAAAAUAAUUAAAAAUUGUUAUUAUGAGACAAUAUCAAUAGUAGGAUCCACUCAGAUUUCAUAGAUGUGAGGUGAGAAAGAAUGUACCUCGGAAUAAGUGAAAUGAUGUCCAUGACUUAACAGUGACAUCCCUUUGGCUUCUUAUUUGAACUCUUUUUUUGUGAUUCUGCUGAAAUAUCAUUUGUUAAAGUGAGCUAGCUAUAAUUAU